GAGAGAAGAGAGGGACAGCAGUGCAGAGGUGGUGAGAGUGAGGAAGGGAUUGAAGGGAAGAAAGAGAGACAUGACAAAAAUAUCAAAAGGCAGAAAGCACGCCGUACCAUGCGAGCUAAAUUGGUGACCGAUGGGAUCGAGGAUGUCGGAUUAAUGGUGACGACCGCAGCCCGUUUUCGCAGAGGAAGCUUCUCUAUUGCAACUUGGGCGCAGAGGGUCCGCGGGGAAACAUGGCCGAAGGAGGGCCGGGUAAAGGUGGCGGAGAAGACCCCGCCAAGUCCGCCGAGCAGGAGGACCGGACUCGACCUCAGAUCCUGUCGGGAUCGGGCUUCUGCAAAUGGUUCAACGUCCGGAUGGGCUUUGGAUUUAUCUCAAUGACCAGCAGCGAAGGGAGCCCCGUUGACCCCCCUCUGGAUGUUUUCGUCCACCAAAGCAAACUGGUGAUGGAGGGCUUCCGCAGCUUAAAGGAGGGUGAGCAGGUGGAGUUCACCUAUAAGAAGUCCUGUAAGGGCCUGGAGUCCCUGCGGGUGACCGGACCUGGUGGGGGACCCUGCGCAGGCAGCGAGAGAAGACCCAAAGGGAAGGUCCCACUCCAGAAACGCAAACCAAAGGGAGACCGGAAUAUAAUGAUUCAUACGCACCAGUCUUGGCUUCAUCCAACAAAAGCUGAAUAUAUCUGUUAUAACUGUGGAGGUCUGGAUCACCAUGCCAAGGAGUGUGGCCUGCCCCCCCAGCCAAAGAAAUGCCACUACUGCCAGAGCAUCACGCACAUGGUGGCUCAGUGUCCCCACAAGGCGCUGGCGCCCGCCACAGGCUCUCAGGACCAACAUGCGUCUACCUCGGCCUUCAGCCCAGGGACCGGGCCCUACCUCUGCCCCCCAGAGGAGGAGGAGCGCGCCACCUCGUCUCCCCUGGAGGGCUCCUCCUCUUCCCCUGAGGAGCCCCAUACACACCGCGGCCCCCGGACCCAGAGGUGGAGGAAAUCCUGAAGACAGCCCAUAGAGGUGAACCUUUCACCGCUAACUCCUGAUCCUCAUGUCUCCCCUCAAUCAAGGAUACCUGAAGCCCCCCCCCCUCAUCUACCUCACACCUGUGAAAAAAUGGGAGGUCUUGAUUUCUUUGCUGUUUAUUUUAUUUUUUAUUUUUCUAACCAGCGCAGCUAUGGCAACCAUCGAUGGGGUACGGACGUUUGUGAAUGUGUGUGACUGACUUGCAGUCAUCUUGUGCAGCUAUGGAAACCACCGCUGGAAUGGUGACUGCAGGGAAUGACUUGUUUCAAUCAGUGCAGCUCAAGAGUGAAACAAUGUGGUAUGAAUCUUGUUCUUUUUUCUCCUUGGACCUAAGUGUUGGCCAUUUCGAAUGUUUUUUCUUUACAGAUAUUGUCGAUUUUAAAGCCACAAAUUUAUAUCCUGUAGGCCUAAUCAUUUCAAAAAUCAUGUUGCAUCCUUUUGGCACACACGGUAGAUUUGAUAAAGGAUUAGAAGAGGACUUUUUAAAAGCUCAGAACCCUCUGAGCAAUAAUCCAGACCCAUAGGAUUGUUAGCUUGGUUUAUGAAGAUCUUUAGGGAAACUUUAUGGAUUCCAGAGGGAAUUUUUAAAACGAUGGUGAGCUGCUAAAAAGAAAUUCUCUAUAAUCUGGAAACACGCGCUACAAACCUCUCUCUUACAUGAAAUUGACUGGACCAACUGAUUGUCACAGAGUGAGCAUGUGUGUUUUUGCAAGACAUAGAGAGGAGACAGGAACAUGUGUGCUUGUAUGUGUGUGUUGUGCAUGCUCCGAAAGAAAGCAUAACUGUCAGACUGGCCUCUGCUCCAGGUGCGAGUCAACACUAAUAACGUUUCGGUUUCCUGUUAUUAGAGAUAGACCAUUUUAGAUAAGACUAUCAUAUAAUCCAGUUAGAUCAUAGUUUAGUUUUGAUCAUUAGACAUUUUGGUUGUUGCAUAAUUAGUUGAAAAUAACAUUACAGUUUAUAAAUCAUAGUAUAAGUCAUUAAUAUAUGUAAAGUCACAGUUAUCAUAAUUAAUAUAAUUAAAAUUAUAUUAACUUUAAGUAAUGCAUAUAUAAGGAAUCAGCUCUGACAUAGGUGAAUAGCCCUGUAUAUUGCAUGGGAUACUUUGUUGUUGUGUGUGAAAACUCGUAACUUGCUCUCUAUUUAACCGUUUUCAUCCAUGACAAAUCAAACUGACCUUUUAAAAAAAAAAAAAAUUACGCCACGCCUUCUUCAUUAGUUCAAAUAGUCAGCAGUCACCUCUGACCCAGCACAAAGACUCACCUUGUUUGAUUAAAGGUGCAGACCAUUACAGUGUCAUCACAGCUGCUCUACUUAUUUAAUACCUCACCAAUUCUUCCUCUUGGAAAAGAAUGUCACAGAACGCCAAGCUGUUUGCUCUCAUAGCUGUGUUGCAGUACGAUCCAACCACCUGUUCCUCUUCCAUCUGUGCCUACCAGUUGUUAGUUAGCACCAGCCAGGUAAUGCUCAGUCCUCUUUGGGAUGGGAGGCCAUCGCUGCUGCUGCUGCUGCUGCUGCUUCAGACUCACUGAAGAGAGAGAGGGAGAGAGAGAGAGAGAAAGAGAGAGGGAGAGAGACAGAGAGUGCUGCUAAUGGUAUAACUUGAAUCCCAAGCAUUGCUUUAGUAGCACUUAUUUUUGACCUUACAACUCUUCUCUGACCAUAUUGAAUGUGAAAAGAGCUUAUCUGAAGUCGACUCCUCACAAAGUUCAUGUUGGGUCGCUUUGGAGUUGUAUCUUAAUGUUCUGACAAAUCAAAUAACUUUGUAUGAUGAUAUCAAACUAGCUUGUGUGUUUUUAAAAGCUCUAAGUAGACAACCAACUGUUUUUGGUAUAUUUCUAUACCAAAGAGUUUGGCUUUAUUUUUUGAAGGCAUUUAGACUUGCUGAAGUGCUUGUUAUCCUCGCUCUUUCACAAUAAGAGGGACUUAUUGCUGAAAGCGCAACACUGCGGUUAUUAUUAUUAUUUUUUUUAAUGUACAGCUUUUUGAAUGUGUGUGUGCGUUAAAAAAAAAAAAAUCAAAUCUCAACAAUGCAGCAUGACAGAAAAAAGUGAAUGACCAAACCACAUAAGGAGCACAGCCCAUGCUCAAAUCUUUAUGGAAACAACAUCUUUUUGUAUGAUGUAUUUGUACAGUUUUACACACAAUUCCUCUCAGGAUGAUGAACUGUUCUCAGGGAAUUAACCAAAAAAGUGUAUUUUAUUCUUUUGGGAAUCAUCCACUGACUGACUCAACAAACUCUGUUAAGCAAUGGUAAAGAGACGUAUGUAACCAAUUCAUGUACUGAUAUUAGCAACUACCUCUUGAGUUAUACAUAGUUGUGCAUUUCUUUUUGUUUUGUAUAUUUUUUUGAUGAGCUUGUAUAAUUAACUGUAGGUCUUUAUUGUACUGAGGUGUUGUGUGAGAAGUUCCCUAGUGUUGCCACAGACUCCCUGCUCUUCCUUUCCAGAUUUGAUGAGUUACUUUUUUCUUUGACUGCAAAACUUUUUUUUUUGUUUACAGCAAAAGCCUACCUCAUAUGCGCUGUUCCUCCAUAAACUCCUUACCUCCUCCCAGACCCCCUCUACCUCCUUCAUGCGGUUGUUUGUUCAUUGAAUUGCCACCUGUCGCACUAGAGUCACACCACAUUUUCAACGAAUCAGCCCUGAAAUGGCUCGUCACUUGUGACUCCAAAUAUCUUACAAUCAAAGCCCCUUUUUUAAAGGGUAUCCACAAGUUUUCAGAACGGGCAAGUUUGUCUCACACAUCCAGGGUGAAGUUUUUCUGCCAGCUCUGUGUUAUACCGUCAGUAUACACUCAUCACUGCAGACAGCAUGUGGGUUUACCUCAGUUUGUUGGGCUAGCUAUAGACGUGUUAAAUAUGAAAUAUUUAACAUUUCCGUGUGAACACAUUUUGAAAAGACAUGGACUGUUGUUUUUAAGUAUUUUAUCAUAACCAUUUUUGUAACCACUUCAUGUUAUGGGCUUAAGGUGGAGAAGAAUAGGAUUGUACUUCGCACAAGGAGUGCCUAUUUCUGUUUUGUUUGUCUGACCCUAUUACCAAAUAGAUAUUUUCCUCUUUUUGGGCUCCAAGGUAAUAGCCUUUUGUCAACCAUUUUUACAGCCUCAGAUAAUCAGAAGUUGUGUGGUUUGGAGAUGAAGCCCCUUCUUGUUGCAAACUAUAUUUGUAAUUUAGAGCGGCAUUGCUAACAGUUAACAUGAAAUCAGUAGAUUUUGUACUAACGGUGACAUCGCAUAGGCGUAAUGAAGAUGAAUAUUGUUAAGAGUACUUUUUAAAAAACUAAUGCAUGAGAUCAAAGAUUGAUUUUGCAUAAUGGCCGCAGUAUUACUAUUAACACUCAGCCGAGAGAAUCACUAUGUUGCAGUAGGCCUACAUAUGGAAUAGAACGCGUGUUUAUAUCAGUUAUGAACAAAAUACACAACCGCAGUAAAACAUAGUGAUAUUAUUGUUGUUAGUAGCUUUAUAUUUUCUUCCAAUCAAUGUAACUACUGAUUGAUCUCUUGUUUCAGUAUUCAACACAGCCAAGAAAACCCUCUCAUACAAGAGAAUAACCUAAUAAUAAUAAUGAAAUGGUUAUCAUAGAGGUUUGUCAAGGCUGCAUGUAGGAUAACAAAUUGGUAGAAUCAUGUUAUUAAUAUUCUGACUUGUCUUAAGUUUUGAAUCAUGCAAACACUAGACAACACAAGCAAUGAGUCAGGGAUAAUUCUGGAUUUUGUGGUCUGAUGUUUAUUUUGUUUUGCCAAACAAUAGAGUCAAGGUCACAACAUCACAUCCAGGCUAGCCUCUGUUCCUUUAGCUUCUGUAAAGCCAGACAUGUACUUGCUGUUUAACCGCGGUGCGUUAAUUUUACGAGUCAAUGGAGCGAACGGACAGAGGAUAUGCAAGGCAGCCACCAUGCGUUUGUGUACGUGUUUCAUUUCUGGGAUUUCUGGGAUUGUUCAGGUGCCGCCGGUAAUUCUGACGGAUGUCCCUCAUUUUCGGCUGGAUGUCCCUCACCUUCCGCUUUCUUUGUGUUGGCUUUCUAAACUCCAUCGAUUUAUAAGGACUGUGAUUAACUGCUCCUCAGAUCUCUGCAGGCUAAAUCGAAACAGCUAGCUAGACUGUCUGUUGAACAACUAAAACAACUUUUGAACGUACACGUUCCACCAAAACAAGUUCCUUCCCGAGCCUCGUUUGCAGAGGCACCAUCAUUGUGACAUUGACAAUUAUGAUUGGUUUAAGGAAAUGCCAAUAAACCAGACCCUCUAAUGGAGCGCUGUGAAAGUAGGUCUGGCAAUACGAGACUAGCGUACGAGUAGUUAAAAGUUAAAAGAGGCUUCAUUCAAUGCAAUUUCUUAUUUAGUGUUCCUUUCAUAGGAUGAAUACUUUCAUCGUCAUCGUAACUUGAUUUUCGUCCAUAUCCAUAAAACUCGCGAACGCUCUUUUGUAAAGUGAUUUUUUCUACUUUCCAGUAAUCUCUGCUGUCUAAAAUGAGCUGUGAGCUGGACGUGAACCCUUGACUCACGCAUGGACUCGUCUUUUGAUGCUAGCCUGCGAAUGUCCAAGGUUUAUGGGAAAUUGUCUUAGCUAAAGGCCGCUAAAAGAUAUAUAUAUAUACAGAUUGGAAUAAACAACAUUAGAUAGUUUUUCAAAAACUAUCGUCCUUAUCUAAACAUAUGAAGUGAACCACACAACAUACUGUUGAGAAAGGCUCUGUUCCAAGGCUGUAUUAUUAGUAAUUAGAAAAGUUACAAAUGUCAUUGGGAAUUUAAAUGAGGUUCUCUUACCUCUGGAAAAGAAAUGGAAAGGUUUUCACUUUGACACAAAAAGUAUAUUUAAAAUUGGGCUGGAUUUGUUGCUAUCCAGUGAAAACCAUGUAUCUCCAAAUGUUAAAUGAAUACUUCAACAUGUUAGGAAACGCUUACUUGCUUUCUGGUGGAGAGUUAGAUGAGAUGAUCGAUACCGGUCUCACUUUUGUCCAUUUAAAUGCAUGGCUACAUGCACAGCUAGCUUUGCUCUGUCUGAUGUUUUAAAAACAGUGAACGUGGUAGCAAACUAGUGAAUGUAACAUGUUAAUUAGUGAAAAUGUUAUAUCUUGUUUAAUUAGUGAGCUUUUGAGGUGUUAGUAGGCAAACUUACCCUUGGCUUGCACAGAGCCAAGCUAGCUGUUUCCCCUGCUUCCAAUCUUUUUUGCUAAGCUAACCAGCUGCUGGAAUAGUAUACAAGUACAGUAUAUUUACCAAAAUCUCAAAUUAUUGCUUUAAUGUCCGUGGCACUGUAUUUUUGAGAUAAUCCAGUUUAAUUUAAAAAGGGUUUUAUUGGCCUUUUCUUGAACCUUAAAGGAGCAUUUAAACAUUCAGUUCAUUUUAAAAUGUCAAACUCACUUAAUUUGAGGUUUUCAUUUGACUUAAUCCUGAUUAAAUUAGAAUAAUAUCAACUAAUAUAAUAUGAUUGAAGGAACAAUUGUGUUAGCAGCAUCUACAUUUUCAAAUGCUUAAGGGACGAUAAAUGCCUAAAAUGAAACCAUGCAAACAUGGUCCAAAGACUACUCCAAAACCCAAGAUGGAUAUAAAAAUCACAUUUAGGCCUCACAUUUACUCACAUUUAGUAUCAAUAGCCUCUGGAGACAGACAGGAUGUAAUAUGCCAUGAUGCCAGACAGGAAAACCUCAGCAGCCAGUCUCAGUGCUCCCUCAUGUGGUUGUUCAGUAGGUUUGUUGCCUUUGUCAGCUGCUCUGUGCUUUGCCUUGUCUGGAGAAACAAUGUAUUCUAGGGGAUAAGCAUUUAUGAUGUUUAUUUUUUUAACUGAACUUUAUUAUGUCUGAUUCAUGUUGUGUUUAUGUACAUGAAAUCAUACUGGAACAUCUGACCUCAAAAGGACCUAUACAUCCAACCAGUUUAAAAUGCAGAUACCUCCUUGUAUUGACUAAUAACCUCACAAUUCUCUUUUGUUAAUGUUUUUACUUUCUGCAUCGUGGCCAGAGGGUGUCUUCUGGGCUCUCCUUCUCUGGAGUAUGUCUAGAGCCGAGCACUGAUUGCUUUUGAAUGGGGAAAAAUGUUCUUCUAUGUGCAUAUCACUCAUUAUUUUAGCCCCAAUGUAAGUGUACUGCCUUUUUAUUUCUGUGAAUCUUGGAUUGGGUUUUUUAAAUAUGUCUUAAAUGUUUUACUUGAUUGGAAAAUAAACCUAUCAUAUUGGCAUUAAAGUAUGUAUAAUUUCCUACUAGA